AUGCCACGCCGACGCCGCCCUCCACGACCUGGCGCACUUGCGGAUCUGUCACCUACCCGCAUCCUCACCCAGAUCAUACUCCUGCAGCUUGCAUACUAUGCAUGCGCCGGCAUUCUCAUUGUCUUUACCGCGCUGGUAGCGGGCAAGGAGGUCAGCACAGAUCUCUUGUUCAGCUGGCAAAGUCUACGUGGUGAUACGACAAUCGGAUGGACACUGGGUCUGGUCUGGGUGCUGAACAGCCUCACCUGUGCCAUCUUCAUACUGCUUCUUAUCGCCCGCUCGAAACUCGUUCUCGACUUCGCUUUGACUGUACACUUCAUCCACUUGAUCGUCACCUCGCUAUAUACACAUGCGAUACCCGCCAACUUGUUCUGCGCUGUAGAGGAUUUGGAAGAAGAAGAAGAAGAGCCUCCACCUUUCACUAGCGGCGGGUUUCAGGAUCCGUUCAGUAGAGCUUAUGCUACCAAUGGACCCGCGGUCUUUGAAGGAUUCAUUCCAGCAAAUCCUGGACAAGACGACGAUGACGACUAUACCAAUGCGGUCGGGUUUCGCGAUUCGCGCUACGACCGCGACUUUGAUAGUUCGGAUUCUGACCAGGACGAUUAUCGCCUUACCAUGGAGGAGGAGGAAGAGCUACUUCGGAUCGAGAAUAGGGAUGACUCCGAGGUUGACGCAGACUACGAAUCGGAAGAUGCACAAGAAGACGAAGGCGACCCAGAUGAGAUGGAACUAGGUGUCGAGUUUGAGGACACUGAGGAGCGAACGAAAUACAAGAGAGGAAAGGGCAGAGGCAGAGGUACGCUCAAAACUCCAGCCACCCCCAGUAUCAUACCUGUAUCUAGUACCAGAGGACGACGUGGUGGGAAAAGAGGUCGGCCUUCGACUAGGGGCCGUGGCGGCCGAGGUGGCAACAAUGGUGCUAGGCCAACGCCCAAAAAGAAGCGGGGCAAGCCUGGAAGGGAAAAGGGUCCUAGAGGACCUCGACCUGUUGCCGACCCAGGUGCAGAGUGGAAAUCGUUGCAGCAGCAGGCCAAUGCCAAAUUCAUCGCAAAAGACUAUGAGGCGGCCCUUCUGUUCGCCCAGCAGGCUAUUCAACUUAACCCAGAGAUCUUUGAUGCUUACAACAUCGCAUCUGAGAUCUACACCGAGAUGGGUCGGGAGGAGGACUCAUUGGCUGUAUUACUGGCUGGUGCGCCAACUAAGCGUGAUCCUGGUCUUUGGCAGUACAUCAUUGAGCGCAUACAACAGUUGGAUCCCGAGAAGCAUCCGCAGUUUACAGAUGAGAACAAGUCGGCUGCCAUCCUUCCAUGUUUGAACGAGAUUAUUCUGCUCAACAAUGACUACGAAGCUCGUAGUCACAAGCUCGAGAUCGAGGCACAACUAGGUCGUUCGUCCAAGUGCGUAGCGCUCGGUCUCAAGAUGCUCAAAACACGCAAGGAGCAAGGAGAAGACCCUGAUACAAGUGUACUGAAGAUCAUGGCAAUGAUGGGUACUGCCUCUCCAAAGCAGACUAGAAUACAUCUCAACAAACUGCUGAACAGCUUUGAAGAAGCCAUUGAUGUGUUCACACAGCCCGACCGGGAUCCAGUUAAUAACGAACUCGACUGGGAGCUGAUCAACAUCUAUCUCGAUCUGUUAGAUCGAGCAGGUAGCUACGAAGCAGGUGUCACACGACUGAAGGAGCUUGCCCGGUGGAAGCAGGGCAGGCGUUCUGAGGCAUUCUGGGAUAAACUUGAAGACGAUUGCGAGUUCGAUAUCGAAGAUGAGCCAAGACGCGUUACUGUGCCGCCAUUUGUCCGAAAAUCGCACGAUGCCCCAUAUGGCUCAACCUUGCCGUUAGAGAUCAGAGUGAAGUUAGGCUUGUUUCGGUUACGCAAGAGCAAGGAUGACUUUGAAGAAGCUAUGCGCCACCUCGAGAUGUUGGAGCCGGACAACCAUGGUCCCGAUGCCCUGAUUUGGGACUACGAAGAUCUUUUUCGUAUAAUCGGCGAUGCCCUUCACGCUACCGGCAACGAUGAACACGCACUGCGUUUCUACGAGCCUUUGUUCGACAAGAACUCGAAUGAGUUCAACCUGCAGAGCUACAUCGGGCUGCACACAUGCUUCAAGAACUUGGGGAGGACUCAGAGAGCGGCAGAGGUCAUACCCAUCCUGAAGAAGUGGCCGGCUGAGAACUACGAUGAUCUCGCAGUCCUUGCGAAGUUCUUCGAAGAUCAGGGUAUGUGGCAGGAAGCUGGUCAACGAGCUGAGACCAUCUACCGCGACAAGUACGGCCACAAGCUCAAGAAUCUGGGUUUCCAGGCAUACGAUGAGCUCAGGGUAUACUACUAUAAUCAGCGAAGGCAAGCUCGCGGCAGGUAUGGUGUCCGAAAGAGCACGGUCCGAAGGAACAGGAAGAGGAUGCAGAAGGCUACCGGGCAGACCGGUGAAGACGAAGAUUCUGCGACCGAGAACGGUAACAAGGAGCUUCCCGCACUUGUCGCCCCGACCGAACGUCCUAAGAAAGGUUUCUUCCGCACGAAAAGAGCGAAGGCGCCUAAAGUUCAAGCUUUCCUUGCUGUCCGUGAUGAAGAUGCUGAACAACUUCCUGAUAUCGAACCAAGACGAACUACACUUGAAGGCACCGACGUGCCGUAUCGAGCGAUCAAUAACAGACUAUUCCGUAACAAGCUUCAAAGACUGGCAACCGACUUUGCCGACGACCUCAAAGCCGCUCGAGCUCAGCAUCGGGAGAUCGUCUCUAGUUUCAAGCGACUAGAUGAGAUUUGGGAAGCGGCAGAGGAUGGAGAUGAGGAUUCUGUACAUGAGGUGUUGUCCAUCACUCGAGAGCUCAUCGAAGAGUUUUCUACAUUUGAUCUAUUCUACUCAAACCGAAAGGAAGACCUUAUGACUUAUUUCCGACGCGUUACGGGUGGCGAUCUGUGGAAAGAGUCUUCACUAAUGGUACUUGCUGUGGUAGCGAACAACGUCGAAGACGGCGAAACAGAUCCUGAGCUACGAGAGCGACCAGACUCAGCUCCGGUCGAUUUCUGGGGUAUCCACUUCGACAAAUGGUGUGAUGCGUUCGGUCGCUAUGCCAUCCUGCUUGCUAGCGAGGGAGAUGAAGAACAGUGUUUCGCUACACUCGAUAUUGCCACUCAGGCCAACGUCUUCCAUCGCUCCCGAACCUACCACCAGCAACUACAACUAUGUCGGCUCACCUGCGCCCUCAUAGCAGACAACUCACGCCAAGCGUCUGUAGCAACGCGCUGGCUCCUCAAAGAGUAUCCGUUCGGUACAGAUCUCUUCCGUCUUUAUGGCGCCGUCAACCGUCUGUGUUCCUUCCCUGAAGGGUUUGCGACAGGUCCAGCGUACAAAGUGCUCAUGCGCUACAUCAAGACUAUUGACUAUGCGCUCCUCACCCCGGCACAGCGCAUCGCGUACAACUUCCGCGACACAAAGGACAGCAAAGGAGGUUUCAGAAACAACAUCAACGUCGAAGAUGUUGACCGGGUCAAAGACCACGAUCCCGCACUCUUCGCACUGUACGGACAUGUCUUGAUGUGCGGUGGCAGCUACAUGGCCGCACUGAACUACUACUUCCGUGCCUUCACUAUUACGCCUGAAGAUCCAGUAUUGAAUCUGAGUAUUGGCGUUGCGUACAUCCAACACGCUAUGAAACGACUUUCUGAGAACAGACAAUACCAGAUCCAGCAGGGCCUGUCAUUCGUAUACAGAUACUACGAUCUCCGCACCAAAAGCCCGCAUGCGAUCCACCAACAAGAGGCGGAGUUCAACGUGGGGAGGAUGUGGCAUGGACUAGGUCUCGUUGCGCUAGCGCUUCCGGUGUACGAAAGGUGUGUCGCACUUGGUGACAAGGUUAAACAGGAGGCAGGAGAUCAGUGCCAGGACGAGAAUUGGGGGUAUGAGGAUUUUAGCACCGAUGCGGCGUUUGCAAUGCAAAGUAUCUAUGCCAUUAGCGGAAAUCUUGAAGGCGCUCUGGAUGUUACGGAGAGAUUACUCGUCAUCGAAUAG